CUUUCCCCUCUAAUCCCUACUCAUUUUCUUUUUGUCAACCUAAUCAGCCGCACACCCAUUUCUCAUGGUAUCAUCGCAUGUCUCUCUGAUGAGAUGGGUUGCUAGCUAUCAAUGGCGUCGGGGCUUGGGGGACUAUAGCGUGUGGUGGAUAUAUCGUGCAGGGGCAGAGGUAUCUCGGUACCCUCUUUUCUCUCGUCUCUCUCUCGCUCACCCUUUCAUCUUCAUCUCUCUCUAUAUUCCUUAGGUGAUGGCCGUAGAUGGAUUUGGUGGAGCUCUGGGAAAAUUUCAGUCAUGUGUAUCUGGGGCCAUCUUCGGCAUCAGUUGGUGGUUUUAGAUCGACUUCGUUGUCCGCAACCCCAUCAACUGAAAUAUGGAAGAUGUAGAGAAGAGACCCAGAAAGAAACUUCUUUGACAUUGAAUGAGACUGUUCCUCUCACUGUAGGCAAGGGCACAGCUCAUCUCAUUCAGAAGGUGUUCUGUUUCUUUUGGCAACCUCUCACAAGGGUGGGAAAGUCUACUUGCAAUUGGAGUUUGGAGUCAAUAGGAAAAUGGCUAAAACUCUACUUGGAUAUUUAAGAGAACCAAGACAAUUAUAUGAGAGAACUAAGGCAACAAGAAAUUCUUGUUCAAGUUGUUGGCUAUUAUUUUCUUUCUUGCUUGUAAGAAUUAUGUACCGUGAGGUUUUUAUUUAUGUAUAUAGUUAUGUUGUGUUCUAACAUUGUAUGUAAUAGAUAGAUUAAUUUCAAUUGUAAAAGUUCUUUUUUUUAAAAAAGAAGACAAUUAAAUUAUUAAUAUAAUUAACUCAUUGUAAAAAA